GGGGAGUUUUGUAGCUUCGGGGAUCGGGGACGGGGAGUGCGGUCCCCGGCGCCACGCCCAGUUGCCAUUAAGCCUAAUCUAUUUUUUAUAGUAACUCUGUUUCACCUCCGUUUACUUCCUCUUAAACCCUAGCCGGGGCAUCCAUACCAUUACCAGAACAAAAACCCUAGCCCCGCAUCUGUACUGUGUCUUACAGAUUUCUACUCUCUCCCUCCAUAUUUAUCUCCAUAUUUAUUUCAAUUCCGACUCGUAGCAAAAAUAUAGCUGUAGAAGAUCCAAUAAGUCUCUUCUUUGCUUCACAAUUCAAUAUUAUAUGCAGUGAAUCUUAUGAUUUGAUAGAACAUUGCAUAGAGUAAACGAAAACCCGUAUAUUUUCGAGUGUUUGUUCUCGAGAUGGAAGCUAAUCUGUCGAAUUCGCCAUCAAGUUUCGUCGAUCAAUCUGUUGUUCCAGGGGAUGUGGUUCUUGACCUCUCAAGUAUGGCUAAUCAAACCAUCAAGCUUGGGGGUGGUCUCCAUCAGGAUUGUGAUGCUAUUUCUGUCAUGAAGGCUGGGAAGCUGAGAUUUGUGAAGCCAAACAAAUAUUGGGUUGAGAGCUUCCAAAAGAGAUACGUGCCUUGUGUGGGGGAUAAUGUUCUUGGAAUUGUGGUAGAUUCCAAAGCUGAUAACUUCCUUGUGGAUAUAAAAGGGCCUGCAUUGGCAUUUCUUCCUGUACUUUCAUUUGAAGGAGGAACAAGGAGAAACAUACCCAAGUUUGAGGUAGGUACUUUGAUCUAUGUUCGGGUUGUGAAGGCAAACAUGGGCAUGAAUCCCGAGUUGUCAUGCACUGAUGCCACUGGGAAAGCAGCGGAGUAUGGUCCCCUUAAAGAUGGCUUCACAUUUGAAUCAUCAACUGGCCUUGCCCGAAUGCUGCUCAGCUCCCCAACAUGUCCGGUUCUUGAAGGUCUUGGGAAGAAGCUCUCCUUUGAGAUAGCAGUUGGUUUAAAUGGCCGUGUUUGGGUGAACGCUGAGGCUCCAUCUACAGUCAUCCUUGUAUCAAAUGCAAUUAUGAAUUCAGAUUCGUUGAGUGGGGUUCAGCAAAAGAUUAUGGUGGAGAAACUGCUCCAGCGAGUUCAGUGAUCAAGAACUGUGAUGAAAACAUGAUGUGGUUGGAAAUCCACAAGAUAGAAGAUGCCCCCUUUUGGAGGUGCAAUGACUUCAACCUUUUAUUAGUUCCCAACAACGUUAGUAACACUGACAUGCUUGUUUAAUACUCUGUACCCUGGUUGAGAAAAUUAAAUUGUAUUCAUGAGGAAAGCUCUGAAACAAUUUGAUGGUAGUCUCCAUUUCUGAAACUUGCGAGAGGGAACGUUUACUUUUGAUGACUAGUACGGUUUAUAAAGAAGUGACGUGUAUAGUUUGUCUAAAAUUUGAUCACCGACAAAUUCCUUGAUCAUUAUUUGUUUAAUUCGGUGUAUGUAAACUUAUUGGAAGCAUUUAGGAGAACAAGUUAAUAUAUCUUAUGUGAUUUCUAAACAUUUGAAAAUA